UCACUGUUCAUUAUCUUCACCUUGCAUAUAUGGCUCAUGACGCGUUUAGGUGGUCAACAGGGGAUGCAUGUUCCUCCCAGCCACAUGCAUUCACCGCUUUUGUGUUCAGGGAUUCGUGUUUACACAACUUUGUAUUCCUUUUGAGAGUUACGGGAUUCAUCACUGUUUAUUAUCUUCACCUUUUCAUUAGUCAGAUAAGGAUGCACAUGUAACGGUAUAUCUAUUUUUCAGUUGUGGUUGGAAUAUAUCUUAUGUUGGCAAUUGUCAUCGUUAUCGCCGUCAGAAUAAACCGGAUGACGAAAAGGCUAGAUGUCGAGAUCAAACAGAUAGAAGCACGGAUCCAGCGUGAACUGUUAAAUAUAACUUGCAUGUUGUUGCAUCGAGAGUUACAGCGUAUGGUUCGACGAAGGCUUCGACAAAGGUCAACCAGAUACCAAUCUAUUGCAGAGGAUCACUAUGAAUUGACCCCGAUUGUGAACGAUCCAUAUGAACCUCCUCUUCGAAGAUCUGCAACAUUAGCAGAAACAGAAUACCAAUAUGUUGCUCCAUACGAAACUCCCAAAGAAGGCUGUUUUUGUAAAUAUUGCUUGGACCAAGCUGCCAAUCAUCCCCCAAACAGCUUACCAGAAGUAGAUGGAGCGCAUGGUACAGCAAGAGCAUAUGACAGUCUGCAAGGAAUUUUCGCAGAGAAACCCUUCCUUGACAGAACUACUUCAGAGAAACAUUCGCAGUAUUCUCUUCUCAAUAACCCGCCUGAUGUUUACUCGCUAAGCGGCAAAACAAGAGCACUGAUCCAUAAUGAUCACUCCCAAUCCACAGAACGGCGUCUUUCCCGAAGAAGAAUGCGCCGUGGAAGAAAAUCCGGACUUAACGAUUAUGAUGAUGACGGCAUUAAUGGUAAUUGGAUAGAACUGGAGCGGAUUAAGCAAAGACAAGAAGAAGCCGAAGAUGCGGAGUUCAUAUCGCAAUUGCUAUCCGAUGUGAAGAGAGAACCUAUCACUGAUGUUUUACCCGGUAUCAGCCCAUUCAAAAUACCAAAAACAUUGCCAAAUUAUAAACGAGAAGAGGCAAACAAAUCCAUCGCCCUUUCGGAAUUUAGCUUUUUAGAAUUAGAAAUACUAGAAGUAGAUGAUGCCAUCAAUGCCAACUAUACUGAGAAAGAGAAACCCAGUUUCAAGAAUGAAACAUUAUCGGAUGCCGGAACAACUAAAACCACCAACGAUGCACCUAACGAGUUGUUUUCUAGUUCGAAUAUAAAAAGCAAAGCAGAAGAAAACAAUGUGACACCUACAAAAGGAGUGUGCAUUGCAGAGGUGAAUUUUGAUGUAGGAAACAGCGGCGUCGAGUCGAAUUCAUCAGACUACUUAAAACCAAUGCCACACAAAAACACGGGAGAUAAUUCAAGCGAAAAGCAAACCAGUUUAACAACUGAGUUUUGCCUUGCAGAAGUAAAUUUUGAUGUUGAAGAUAACGAGGGAGACUCAGAAUCAGAGCAAUAUGGCAAAGAAAACGGUUCAAACGAAAAACAAAUCAUUGACAUCGCUGGACUUUGUAUUGCUGAGGUGAACUUUGAUGUUCAAAACAUCGAAGCACUCAAUGUAUCACCAAACAAUACUCAGCCAAUGGCGGACAGAGACAACAAGGAAGAUAACAUGUCAAUCGCGUUCUCUACCGGACUAUGCAUUGCAGAGAUAAAUUUUGACAUUGAAAACACAGAAAAGGUAUCUGAUUCAUCAGACUACCUAGAGCCAAUUGAAUUAGAUUCUGGAACACACACACUGCAAGACGAGAAAACCGACAUUGAAACAUACGAAACAUUGCAAAAUGUCACCGACACCAUGGUUAACAUUCCCAACAUUGAGACCGCCAAUGAAUAUUCCAUUCAAGGUGAAGAUGCUGGUUUCAAUAUUUGUUUGGCAGAUCUGAACAACUUCCAAGAUAUUUUGUCAGAAGUUGAAUAUAUGGAAGAAUCUAUAUUAGACAUCGGGUAUUCCUCAAGCAAAGAAUACGAACGAUUGAGGACGUCUACAGAGAUCGUCAUGAAUGCACCGGAGGAAAAGCACAGGGAAGAAACAACAGUCAUGUCUGCUGAUACAGGACUCAAUGUUUGUUUUGCAGAACUGCAAAAUUUUGAACAACUGCUCUUAGAAUCUGAGACAGUGGAAGAGACAGCAUCGGACAAAUCACAUGAAAGUCAUUAUGACACAAUUAAGAUCGACGUCGACGUCAACCAUAGCGAUGAUUCUGACACCAUUUCUGAGUGAUCACAGAGAUGACAUCCUAAUGGCCGGGUAUAAAGAGAACCAUCUAGCGAAUUUUAUGAAGAUAUCCAGCAAAAGACAUGGUAUGCAGAGAACCAGCUUAGACUUUGUAUACAGAGAACCAGCCAAGACGUAGUGUAGAAAGAACCAGCUAAGUCUUGGUAUACAAAAAUGAAAAUCAGUGUUUUGUAAAGGCUACAUAAAUGACAGACAUAUAUUGAACAAUUCAGUAUGCUUUAUGGAAAUUCUAUAUCAUUAUCACAUGUUUGUUUGAUUUUGUACUUCUUGUGUCUUGGGUAGUCAACAGCACACUUUUAUGUGUGGGUAUUUUUCUAAUUAGAAAAACGUACUUAUUCACACACCGAAUGUAGGGUUUUGAUUUGGAAAUUUAUUGAAAACCAGAAGUUUUCAUUGAAAAAGAAUGCAUUUGAUUUUUACAAUUCAUUGAUGUACCUUUUCUGACACGAUAUAACCGUUUGAUUUGUUUACUGUAAAUACUUGUAUUAAGACAUAAUUGUACAAUCUGUCGACACAUGUUUAUGCUGUUAUACAAUUUGCACAUAUUUUUCAGUGGAUAUAUUGAUUUCAUUUUAUGCGUAUUUGUGUUGAGCUAUAUGUAUUUAUGCAGACUUCUGUCGUUGGUAUGGAUGAA